CCUUUUUUUUUUCUUCCCACAAAGUUAUUGCAAAUUGCUGUUAUCGAACUGUACUGAUACAUUCGGGGGCUCGUAAGCGGGUGCCGCGGAGCCGCCGCUGCUCCAACUUCCGGGGCCAAGGACAAGCAUCAAAACCUAAUUUUGAAGCUUUCAGCGAGCGAUAUCCUCGAGAAAUGACUUCGCUUGGCCUCGAUACUACCCUUUUCUCUCGGGGAAGUACGAGGCAGCGCUGCUCCUUGUUUGGUAAGAGCAGGUGCUGCCAUGCGAAGCCCAUCGAUACCAUUUUCAGAGCUUCUGCUGCUCCAAGCCUCGUUAAAGCUCCAUCCACCGAACACUCAGGCGUCUCUUUUCCAAUCUUGGUAAAUGGUUGCACUGGAAGAAUGGGUAGGGCAGUUGCUGAUGCAGCUGUUUGUGCGGGCCUCCAAUUAGUUCCUGUAACAUUCAGCAAUUCGGAGAAGCCAAAUAGAACUUUACAAGUUGGCAAUGUAGAGAUUAUGAUCCAUGGUCCAUCUGACAGAGAGAAUGUCCUUUCUUCCAUCUAUAAUGAAUAUCCCAAUGUUAUUGUGGUUGAUUAUACAGUUCCAGAUGCAGUGAAUAGAAAUGCUGAACUUUAUUGUAAAUUAGGCUUGCCAUUUGUCAUGGGCACUACAGGAGGAGACAGAGAAUUGUUGUAUAAGACAGUAAGAGAUGCCAAUGUUUAUGCAGUAAUUUCUCCACAGAUGGGGAAACAGGUUGUUGCAUUUCUUGCAGCUAUGGAAUUAAUGGCUGAGCAGUUUCCUGGAGCGUUUUCAGGCUAUUCAUUACAGGUGAUGGAAUCUCAUCAAGCAGGCAAGCUAGAUACAUCUGGUACAGCUAAAGCUGUUAUUUCUUGCUUUCAGAAGCUGGGUGUCUCAUUUGACGUGAAUAAGAUAAAAAUGAUCAGAGACCCUAAGAAACAACUUGAGAUGGUGGGUGUUCCUGAAGAGCAUCUCGAAGGUCAUGCAUUUCAUAUGUACCAUCUCACUUCGCCCGACGACACCGUUUCUUUCGAGUUCCAGCACAAUGUUUGCGGUCGCUCAAUAUAUGCCGAGGGCACCAUUGAUGCUGCCAUAUUUCUUUCCAAGAAGAUCAAGUCCAAGACUGACAAAAGAAGAAUAUUUGACAUGGUAGAUGUCUUGCGUGAGGGAAAUAUGCGGUGAUUCCUGUUUCUUUUUAAGGCUUCAUUUUUCCUUCUGUUGAGUUGUGCAAGUUUGCGAUAAUGGUAAUCUGUAGUGAGGCUUAUUUAUUCCAGUUGUUUUGAAAGCUGCUCUUUAGGUGACAUAGAGCGCCAUAGAUUUGCUUUUGAGCUAGUAGGAUUGCAUUAGUGAACCAGUAUGAAUAACUAAGCACUUGAUGAUGAUGGACAAUCCAUACGCAAUCCAAAACAUUAGUGUGGCUUAUGUUGAUGUUCUCAUGGUGUUUGGAGUCUACAGGAGUGGCAUCCCUGGUUGCAACUUUCUCCUGUUGCUCCACUUUAGCUUUCCAUGAUGGGUGUUAUUAUUGUCUCCGGAGUUUAAUCCUCGUAUUUACGAGAGAUUAUUACAUGUGGAGUCUGAACACAACUUUUCGGUAGGACUCUAAUCAUUGUGAAGA